GCGGGAGGAAGGGGUGGAGGUGCGAGGGGAGGAGGGCUGGCACCGGAGCGCCGCGGUGUCGGUGCAAUAAAAAUGCAUCCCAUGGAACUGCCCGCGGAGAAGGACGGGGCCGAGCCGCAGCCGCCGGAGGAGGACGCCCGGGAGGCUGCAGCGGCCGUGGCCGGGAAGUGAAAGGCCUCGCAGAGAAGGGUUCGCCGAGCCCCGGGCUAGCGGCGGCGGAGCGCAGGGCGGCUGGCGGGGCAGCGUGGCCGGCCGGGCGGGCUAUGGUCCCGGGGCUCCCGCCGUCCCCGCCACCCCGCUCGGACCCCCCCGCGGCUCCCCGCCGCCCGCUGCCGCUGAGCCUGCGGUGCCCAGGAGGAGGAAGGAAGAGAGAGGGAAGCCCGGGUCCUCCCGAGGACGGCGGGCGCUUCACCCCACAGCCCAGCGCGCCCGCCCGGCCCGGGGCACCGGCUCCCGCGAGCUCUUCCCGGCUGCCCCCGGCCAUGGGGGGCUGCGCGCCGCUGCUGCUGCUCUGGGGCUGCUCCGCGGUGGCCGCAGGACUGAGCGGGGUACAGCGCACCAGCUCCCGCUGUGAGAAAGCUUGUAACCCUCGGAUGGGAAAUCUGGCUUUGGGAAGAAAACUCUGGGCAGACACCACCUGUGGUCAGAACGCCACUGAACUGUACUGCUUCUAUAAUGGAAACACUCAUCUGACUUGCCAGCAGCCCAAAUGCGACAAAUGCAAUGCUGCCCAGCCUCACCUGGCUCAUCUUCCAGCUGCCAUGGCAGACUCAUCCUUCAGGUUUCCCCGCACAUGGUGGCAGUCUGCAGAGGAUGUGCACAGAGAGAAGAUCCAGUUAGACCUGGAAGCUGAAUUCUACUUCACUCAUCUAAUUAUGGUAUUCAAGUCCCCCAGGCCAGCAGCUAUGGUGCUAGAGAGGUCCCAGGACUUUGGGAAGACAUGGAAGCCGUACAAAUACUUUGCAACUAACUGCUCAGCUACAUUUGGUCUAGAUGAUGAUGUUGACAUGAAAGGAGCUAUUUGCACUUCUAAAUACUCCAAUCCCUUCCCCUGCUCUGGAGGAGAGGUUAUUUUCAGAGCUUUGUCACCGCCAUAUGAUACGGAGAACCCUUACGGUAUGAAAGCACAGGAGCAGCUGAAGAUCACCAACCUUCGUGUGCAGCUGCUAAAACGACAGUCCUGUCCCUGUCAGAGAAAUGACCUGGAUGCAAAGCCUCAACAUUUCACACACUAUGCAGUCUACGACUUCAUUGUCAAGGGUAGCUGUUUCUGUAAUGGCCAUGCUGAUCAGUGUGUACCUGUUGAUGGCUUCAGACCUGUCAAGGCCCCCGGAACAUUCCAUGUGGUCAAUGGGAAAUGUAUGUGUAAGCACAACACGGCAGGCAGCCACUGCGGGCACUGCGCACCUUUAUACAAUGAUCGCCCUUGGAAGGCGGCUGAUGGCAAAACAGGGUCUCCUAAUGAGUGCCGGACCUGCAAGUGCAAUGGACAUGCCGAUACCUGUCACUUUGACAUUAAUGUCUGGGAGGCAUCAGGGAACCGGAGUGGUGGUGUCUGCAACAACUGUCAGCACAACACAGAAGGGCAGCACUGCCAGCGGUGUAAACCAGGCUUCUACCGUGACCUCCGGAGACCCUUCUCUGCUCCAGACGCAUGCAAAUCAUGUUCCUGCCAUCCUGUUGGAUCAGCUGUCCUUCCAUUCAACUCAGUGACCUUCUGUGACCCCAGCAAUGGUGACUGUCCUUGCAAACCUGGUGUGGCAGGACCUCGUUGUGACAGAUGCAUGGUGGGAUACUGGGGCUUUGGAGACCACGGCUGCAGACCUUGUGACUGUGCAGGGAGCUGCGACCCUCUCACCGGAGACUGCAUCAGCAGCAACACAGAUAUAGACUGGUAUCAUGAAAUUCCUGACUUCUCUUCCAUCUACAAUAAAAGUGAGCCAGCCUGGGAGUGGGAGGAUGAACAAGGAUUUUCUGCACUUCGACACUCAGGCAAAUGCGAUUGUAAAGAACAGGAAUUAGGAAACCCCAAGGUAUUCUGUGGAAUGAAAUAUUCAUAUGUGCUAAAAAUAAAGAUUUUAUCAGCUCAUGAUAAAGGAUCUCAUGCUGAGGUCAAUGUGAAGAUAAAAAAAGUCUUAAAAUCUACCAAAUUGAAAAUUUUACGAGGAAAGAGAACAUUAUAUCCAGAAUCGUGGACCAGCAGAGGCUGUACUUGCCCAGUCCUCAAUCCUGGUUUGGAGUACCUUGUAGCUGGGCAUGAAGAUGUAAGAACAGGCAAACUAAUCGUGAACAUGAAAAGUUUUGUCCAACACUGGAAACCACAUCUUGGAAGGAAAGUCAUGGAUAUUUUAAAAAGAGAGUGCAAGUAGUAAUAAAGGUGUGGAAUCCCUAAUGGCACUUGUCUAUGUAUAAAACACAAAUGUAGUGGAAAGGAGACCUCAGAAAUGAAACUGGAAUUUUUUAAGUGCCAAAAUACAUAGAAGUAUUUCAAUGUAUGGGCCUAUUUCUUUGAGGUCCUGUCUAAACACAGUUUGUCUCAUAAACAGAAAUGAAAAAUCCUAUGCUAAUACCCGUUUGCAAUGGGUACUGAUCCUGGAAUUGAUACUAAGAGUGUUUUACUGGUAGUUUGAUAUUUAGUAGCACUUCAUUAAGGGCAAUACAUGUACUAAGGACUCCUCAUUUUCUGAUAUGUUAUUUAAAUUUGUGUUACUUAAAUUACUGAGGUUUAAGGAAGCCUCAGCCCUUCUAUCAGAAAAGGUGUUUCUUUAAAAGAGCCUUCUUUUGUGUGAUGUGCGCGAACUUUGGUCUGUGGGGUGUGACAUGAAACCUCUCCACAUGUACUUAGUAUUCCCUUGUAUAAAGCACUUUACUACCUACCACUUGAGUUGUGAAAGUUUGGAGACUGCUUUUGCAGAAAGAAAAGGACAUGGGAGAAAAAUCCACUGAAACAGAAGCACUGGCACCACGUGUGGACAAAAGUGACCAUAUAAAGAAAUUGUCCUCUGAACUCAAACAUUUGAGAAAGCUAUAUGAAGACGCAACCUUAAAGAAAGAUAUGUUUGCGCGAAGUCUCAACUUCAGGCUAGAGGUCAGAUCCCACAUAUACUAGCCAUGAUGAAACUUUAAAAAAAUUAAUAAGAAGAGUAGAAUUUAAAAUAUUAGAAGUUAUAAAUGUAGAGAUAUGUUUGAGUAAAGAGGAAAUAAAUUUUUAAAAGCUCAUUUAUUUGUAAUGUGUUUGUAAACACUUCAAAAUUAUUAUAGAUACAGAAUUUGUUUUAUUUUUUGUGUUUAGUAUUUAAACCUGAAUAUUGAAACAGUUUCCUCCUUGUCUUUAUUAACAAUAUAUGGUCAUCAUAUUUACUGUACUCAUUUUUGACACUAUGUAUGUGAUGGUUCAUCAAAUUAAAGUUUCUCACUAGUGUUCAUCUGAUAUAGCCAUGCAUACACACUAGACUGUUUCUUCUGUGCUUGAAUACACAAAACAUGAACCACAGUGCCAUAAGAUUAACUUCAUAUAAAGAACAUAUUUUUCUGAGGUCCUGUGGACUACAAAUUUAUAUAUAUAUAUAUAUAUUGCUUUGUUAAUUUUUUAUAUUUCAUAUAUGUAAUAAAGGAAUAUGAUCUCCUGA